GUAGCCUCUAUUCGAAACAGAUAUUUGGUUCGAAAAUGUCGUCCAUACAGAAGUAAACUUGCAUGGCGAAAGAUGAUUUAAGCAUUUCGUGAUGGGUUUGGCAACAGAAAGAAUAUUCUUGUUUGCCCUUGCCCUUAGCGGUUUUACAUUUUUUGCCGAGGCACAGUAUGAUGAUGUGAGAUGCAAAUGUGUUUGUCCAAAAGAAAUUGGUACAAACAAGACAAAUGUCCAUAUAAAGACGGUAGAGGCUGAUCAGUGCAAAUGUGAACACAUUGUGCAGAGAGAAGAGAAGUUCUGUUUGAGAUGUCAGUGCUCAUAUGAAGCAAGGAACACUUUACUAAUCAAGAUCAUUAUAAUUCUUGUUCUGGUCAGCAUUGCUGUGCUUUUCAUUUACAUGGGUUGUUUAAUGCUCGUUUCAAGAAAUAGAACUCUCAGUGUUGUCUCAGACGAGAGACAAGAAGAGCUGAAAAAUAGGCCCAAGUUUAGACGUAGCACGAGUCUGACUAUGCAGGGUAUUGAUAAAAAGAUGGACGAAUGGCGAACGAAAUUGUCUGCACAAAGAGAAAAUGUUUAUAGAACACGAACCAUGUUGAAUUGACGAGCACUGAAAAGAUCAAACGUAAAUGAAUUUUGAGUUUCGUGUUAUGUUUUAUUUCUUGUUUUAUAUUGAAUGCUAUGUGCUAUAAAUGCCUUUUCGGGCUUUGAUUAGCUUUUUAAUCACAAUUUUUGUACGUCGCAUAAUAGACUAUAAUAUCAGAAAAUAUAACUUAAAUCAAAAAUGUAUAUUAUAUUCAGAUAAUUGUGACUAGAGAAAAAUUUAUCACCUAUAAGACAAAAUUUUUUCCUUUGAAAGUAUUAGCAAGUUUUGGAAGGGACAACUGCUCAGGGGCGUAUUGUAAUCUUAAUCUUGAUAUCUAUAAACUAUUCCCCCAACCCAAUGGCGGCGCCAGCCACUACGUUCGGGGGGGGGGGAACAAAAGAUUGUAAAAACACAGAACAAAAAAUACGUUGCCAAAAUAUUACCCCUCCCCCAACAUCUUCUCAUCGGAUUUAGACGAAUUACAAAAUUGAUCCUGCCGAGAACGGGGGACACGUCCCCCCCGUGGCGCCGUUACUGCCCCAACCUGUCCCUUAAUUACGAUACCCUAGUCCUGCAUUCUCUUUUGUGGUUUUUGUCACAAUGAACUAUCUGCGAGCAACUGGAAAUUUUUCUCUUCCAAGACUCAGAUUUGCAUUGUUUUUACACACUAUCUGUUGCUCUUUGUAACAAUCGAACAUUAUUAAUAAAAGAAGUAUUACUGUACUCUGUUAUAUUGAAAUACGAUAACCGAUAUACUAUGUCAUUGCUCAACGGAUUGAGUGCAUUAACCAUCCGGCAAUGUCGAAUUCUAAUCAUUGCUUCAAAUAGAGAUAGUGAAUUACAAGGA